UUAUAUAAAAAGAAGUCGCAUAUUUAUUUUCCAUAAUAAUUUCUGUAGUACAUUGUUUUGCAUUAAACAAAAACAAAGUGUAAUAAAUUUGAUAUAAUUAUGUCUCAGGAAGAGAAGGAUCUGGAUGUGAACAAGGCUUUUGAGGAUUUAUUGUUUGCGGAAGAGAUUGCACAGAAAUCGGGCUAUGAAAAAGGCUACGAAAGUGGAAAGACGCAACUGUUGAAGGGAUAUCACUUAGGAUACCACAGAGGUAGCGUAAUAGCUGCUCAAUUGGGAUAUUACAGCGGAGUUUUGGAUCACUAUUUGCAGAGUAAUGUUAACACUUGCGAGAAAACAGUGGCGACAGCGAAACAGCUGUUAGCGGAAAUUCGCGGUGUCUUUCCCGAACAUCAGAACAAUCUAGACAUACUGCAGGCUGUGGAAAACAUCAAGAUCAAAUACGCCAAGUUCUGUUCAUUGGCAAAGAUCUAUCCUCGAUCAUAUCCCGAGGCGGAGAAGCUUGAAUUUUAACACAAGGACGAUGACAGAAUACAAUAAUUAUUUUGAGAAAGCCUUGGAGUUUAUUGGUGCUCAUCAGGAUCUAAUAGACUGCCAUUUGGUUGACUUCAUCACGGAAAGAUUGUGGAACAAGUGUUUGCCGGACAAACUGAAAUUGGAGCUUGAGAAUGUUAACACAAUGAGCGACGACGUGUGGACGGAGAACAACAACGUGAACUCGGAACUGAACAGUUUCAUACAGUUGACAAGAUCGCUGUCUUUGGAAUCGUGUCCAGCGGUCGUGUGUGCGGACGAUCUGCCGAACUGGUUCCUCGAUAAGGAACAAGUUAACACGUUCGUUCGCCCGAAGUCCGAAUUCAUGAAAACAAAAAAAUCACACGAGAUCGAAGUUCUCGGAAAAGUGGCCGCUGAAAUGGCACUUUCCACUCGCAGUCUAGUGAUAGACGCUGGCGCAGGAAAGGCGUACCUGUCGACGUACUUGUCCGAACACUUUGACGUUCCUGUAUUGGCGAUCGAUUCGUCGCAAGUCUGUUACAAAGGUGCGAUAAAUCGUCAAGAAAAGAUCCAGAAGAGAAAACAAUCGCGAUUGUCUAAGGUUCGAUACGUAGUUCAAGAACUGAAUGAUACAACUGAUUACGCCAAAAUGGUUAACACGUGCUAUCCCGAUUGGAGACUGAACAGAAAUCUCAUUCUGACGGGAUUGCAUACUUGCGGAAAUCUGGUGCAUUCUGUGAUCAAAGCCUUUUUACGCGCCGAAGAUAUUCAUUUACUUUUUGUAGUCCCGUGUUGUUAUCACUUAGCAGACGAGUCGCUGAGCGGACGUUGUAAUUUUUCGAAAAACGCCAGAAUGUUGGCUCAACAAUCUCUCGAAAGGAGCAAACACAAGCAUCUUCCUUCUUCGUUAUUUUACAGAGCUGUGUUGCAAGUUGUCCUGCAAUCUAUGGGGUAUUACAAUGCUAAAGUCGGUCGCGGUGGGCCGUUGGACAAUUUUGUAGAUUACGCCAAAUGGGCGCUAUCCAAAAUCGGAAUAGAUAACAAACAGAUACCAUCAACUCAUGCGUUACAGAAAAUAUAUCAGAAUCACAUACAUCUUGAAGAAAAAUUUCGUCUGUUUCAAGUACUGAGAAUAUAUAUGAGUUCGGUAGUGGAGGCGGCUAUCAUACUGGACAGAAUAGUAUUUCUGCAAAAUAACAGUCAGUGCUCGAAGGUCGCUGUAGUACGCUUGUUUGAUCCAGCACUCUCCCCCAGACGUUACGCAAUAUUCGCAAUAAAAUAAACAUAAAUAUAUAUGUAACAGACGGAAGAAACAACAAAAAAAAAGUAUUAUCGAUUAUUGGG